AUAAAAUAAAAUUAUUGACACUUGCAUCAAAAGUUGGUAAAGCAUGGUUAGAUUGUGGAAGAAGUGACAAAGCUGAUGAAGUAUUAAGAUCUGCGAAUUUGGCUUGGAAAUUGUCGAAUACUCAUAUUGCAAAUUUAAUGUUACAAAAUGCGAUAGAUAUGAAAUAUUUGAAUAACGUUACAGAAAAUGAGAUUAUUGUUUUAUGUCAAGUGUGUUUUACGAUUGGACAUCAAGCAUCACGCGAAGGAAAGAUUAACGAUGCGAUAAAAUGGUUGAGACAAU